AUGGAGCGGUUAUGACAAAAUUAUUGAGCUCAGCUAUGCUCAGCGAUUCAACCUUUGUAUAGGACCUCAGCAGUGGAGCGGCUGGCCUGACCCCAGUGUCCUGUUCAACCAGCCUGCAUGGUUGAAUACAACGUUGUUGUUCGUAAGAUAUGAACAUUGUAAAAAAUAUAUCAAAAAUCAAAACGUGAGAAAUAGCUCUACAAUAAAUCUACAGCAGGGAACUCCAAAACAGUGAGAAAUUAAACAAACGUCAAAACAUCAGAAAAAGCGCUACAAUAAAUCUACGGCAGUAGCUCCUAAACACAGAGAAAUUUCAUAAGCUGGAAUCAAGAAUAUUGCGAAAUUGUAUAGAUUAGAACCGGAGAUCUGAUAAAAACUAUGAACAAAAAAAAGUAGUAAAAUACAUUACCCAUGAAGAUAAUAAUGAAACGGUGAGUUUCGUAAAAGGCUAACACGUGUCAUGACGUGAUGAACCUAUUUUCUUGCGUGGUUAUAUAGUCUUCUUCUUCUUUUUUUGUGCACCCUCUUCUUCUAUUGAAACACCCUCAAUUUCUCUCGAGAGAAACACAAACGAUGACUGCUAUCUCCGACCUUUCGUGGGAUUUGGUAGAGAAGAUACUCUCUAGGGUUCCCAUAAUUUCUAUAGGAGCCGUGAGAUCCACUUGCAAACGAUGGAACCGUUUAUCCAAAGUUAGGGUUUUGUGUAAAGCAGAAGCAAAGAGGCAUCAGUUUCUACGCUUCAUGUUGAAAAACUAUAAGCUUUGUUCAAUGAGAUUCGAUCUCCAUGGAAUCCUCGAUGGAGAAGAAUUCGUGGAUCCAUCUAUAAGGGAGAUCACCGGUGAUUCACUUAAUCAUGUCAAGGUAACCAAAGUAUUUCAUUGCGAUGGCUUAUUGUUAUGCGUUACCAAGGACAAAGAGGAGAACAAAACUACACUCCUGGUCUGGAACCCAUAUUUAGGACAAACCAGGUGGAUCCAACCCAGAAAUUACUACAACAGGUUAGACGUUUACGCUUUCGGAUACGACAGCAAUAACCGUGAACACAAAAUCUUGAGGUUCUUCUUGGAUGCCUUCGAUGUUUCUCUGUUCGAAAUAUACGAUAUUUGUUCUGAUUCAUGGAGAGUUCUUGAUAUCACUCCCAACUGGAACCUAAUGUUUUACUAUCGUGGAGUGUCUUUGAAGGGAAACACUUAUUUUUUUGCUAAAGAAAAAAUAGUAUUAGAAGCUGGAGGACCAGAAGAAAUAGCCGAGCCCCAUGCUAUCUUACUCUCUUUCGAUUUUACAAAAGAGAGAUUUGGACCGCCUCUGCCUUUUCCGUUUAAGCACUAUACUGAAGAUACCGGGACACUCUCUUCUCUUAGAGAUGAGAAACUGGCAGCCUUAUAUCAGUCCUCAAGUAUGUGCGACGUGGAGGUUUGGGUGACAACUAAGAUUGAGCCAGAUGCAGUGUCCUGGGUUCCCUUCUUAAAAAUUGACUUGAAACCAUUAACAGGUUUUGAAUUCCAGUUUCACCAUGAUGGUUCCAGUUUCUUCAUUGACGAGGAGAAGAAAGUCGCUGUAAUUUUUCAAAUAGACGAAUCUGAAAUGACCUGCUAUGACACAGCUUACCUCAUUGGGGAGAAUGGACACUUUGAAAAAGUAGGUCUCGGAGAGUCUGAGUAUCACCAAGACUCCAUCCCCAUGGAAGACUAUUCCCCACUCGUGUGCUCUUGCUCAUAUGUUCCAAGUUUAGUACAUAUCAACAACGCAUUUGUCAAGCAAACGAAUGAGAUCAUCACUAGCUGUAAUGAUAGUGUUUAAUUUGUUUCUUUUUCAUCUCUUU